AUGUUGUUCCAAAAGUUAUUAUUAAAAAUUUUUUUUACAUUAUUUAUUGGUUUAUUAAUUAUUUUAUAUUUAAACCAAUUGAGAGUAUGCAGAAGAUAUCCAGUACCAUCACCACCGCUAAUACCAAUAUUAGGACAUAUUAUUGAACUUGGUAGUACUGCAGAAGCAAUCCAUACUAAUAUUCUAAGAUUAAUAGAUACUUAUGGUAAAGUAAUUCAGUUAUGGAUUGGUCCAUUUGAUCAUUACUAUUUUAUAUCAGACAUUGACAUAACAAAUAAAAUUUUAUCAUCGACAAAAUUAAUUGAGAAAAGUCAUGCCUACGAUUUACUGGCGCCAUGGUUGGGCUAUGGCUUGUUACUUAGUGGAGGUGAAAAAUGGCAUAAGCGGAGAAAAAUGUUGACACCAGCUUUUCAUUUUACAAUUUUAGAACAAUCUAUUAAUACAUUUACAACUGCAUCUGAUAUAUUUGUGAAAAAUUUAAAAAAGCAUGUUGAUGGUGGAAAUUUUGACGUUUAUCCAUACAUAACACUUUUGGGAUUGGAUAUUAUAUGCCAAACAGCAAUGGGAAUUGAUAUAAAUGCUCAAAUGCAAUCAGACUCAGAGUAUGUGACUGCAGUACGAGAUGUAUGCCAAAUAGUAUUCGAAAGAAUAUUCUCAGCUAUACAACAAUCUGAUUUUAUUUUUUACAAUUUUACUAAAAAUGGAAAAGUAUUCAAAAAAAGCCUGAAAAUUUUACAUAAUUUAACAAAUAAAGUGAUUGAAGAAAGGCGUCAGUUAUUAAUUGAUUCAAUGAAGAACAAUACAACUAAACCUAACAAAAUAAUCAAUAAAGAAGUUAUUAAUGACUUAGAAGUUCAAGAAAAAAAGGAAAAAAUGGUGUUUAUGGAUGUAUUAUUAAAAUCUACAAUUGAUGGAAAACCUUUAACAAAUUCUGAUAUUCGAGAAGAAGUUGAUACAUUUAUGUUUGAAGGACAUGACACUGUUUCCUCAGGUCUUAGCUUCACUUUAUAUCUUCUAGCAAAUCAUCCUGAAGUUCAAAAUCAAGUUUUUGAAGAAAUAAGAGAAAUUUGUGGAGAUGAUUUAAAAAAGCAUGCAACGCUCUCUGAUUUAAAUAAAAUGUCUUAUUUAGAAGCAGUUAUAAAGGAAUCAAUGAGAAUAUAUCCACCAGUUCCGAUUGUUGGAAGAAAAUUAAGUGAAGAUUUACCAUUAGAAAAUGGAGUGUUACGGAAAAAUGCUCGACCAUCAAUAAUGAUAUAUUCUAUACAUCAUAAUCCAGAAUAUUUUCCAGAUCCUGAAGCAUUUAAACCAGAAAGAUUUUUGACGCAGGCACAAAAUAAAAAUUAUUUUUCCUAUAUACCAUUUAGUGCCGGUUCCAGAAAUUGCAUUGGUCAAAAAUUUGCUAUGUAUGAAAUGAAAUCAACAAUAACCAAUGUCAUUAGACAUUAUGAACUGUGUUCAGCUGGUCCCGAAUAUGAGUUAAAAUUAGCAUUGGCUAUCAUUUUGAAAGCAACGAAUGGUGUGAAUAUAAAACUGAAAUUAAGAUCU